CGGUUGAAAAUAAAAACUGCAGAUCCCAUCUUCCUCGCGCGCGCUCUAUCUCUCCUUGUCGGCAAAAAUGGAAGACACUAAAAAUGGAGGAGAGAGAAAAUGGCGGAGUAGGAGAAACCACAACAAACAAUCCAAAACCAUUAUAGCUGACACUUUGCGCAAGUCAUGGUACAGAUUACGCCUUUCAGUACGCCACCCUGCUAGGGUUCCGACGUGGGAUGCCGUCGUGUUAACAGCGGCGAGUCCUGAGCAAGCUCAGCUUUACAAAUGGCAGCUCAACCGCGCUAAACGCCUGGGCCGCAUCGCCGACUCCACCGUUACCCUUGCCGUACCGGAUCCCCAUGGCCACCGCAUCGGCUCUGGUGCCGCCACUCUCAAUGCUAUUCAUCAGCUGGCUCUCCAUUAUGAAAGGAUUGCUACUAACGAAGAUCACGACUUGAGAGCUGAUGGAAGUAUUGACUCUUCUUCUGGUGGAAGGUUUAACAAUGGAGUUCCUGACCUGCCGUAUAUUGAUUUGUUGGCAAAAAAACAUAUACUAUUGCUGCAUGCUGGAGGUGACUCCAAAAGGGUCCCAUGGGCAAAUCCUAUGGGAAAGGUUUUCCUGCCACUUCCAUAUUUGGCAGCAGAUGACCCCGAUGGCCCUGUUCCUCUGCUUUUUGACCAUAUACUUGCAAUAUCAUCCUGUGCCAGGCAGGCUUUUAAAAACGAAGGUGGAUUAUUCAUUAUGACGGGAGAUGUCCUUCCUUGUUUCGAUGCCUCCAGUAUGUUUCUUCCAGAGGAUGCACCCUGCAUCAUCACAGUUCCAAUAACUCUUGACAUUGCCUCCAACCACGGUGUUGUCGUGGCUUCUAAGACUGCAUUUAUUGAUGCUGUUUCUUCUGUCAGUUUAGUUGAGAAUCUUCUGCAGAAACCUAGUAAGGAGGAGCUUGUUGAAGGUCAGGCUCUUCUGGAUGACGGCAGAACAUUGCUUGACACCGGAAUUAUAGCAGUCAGAGGUAAAGCAUGGGUUGAGCUUGUCCAGCUUGCAUGCUCUAGCGAAUCUUUGAUUCUGCACCUUCUGCAGAGCAAAAAAGAGAUGAGCUUGUACGAAGAUCUAGUUGCAGCUUGGGUGCCGACAAAACAUGAAUGGUUAAAGAAGCGACCAUUGGGGGAGGAGCUUGUCAAUAAAUUGGGAAAACAACAAAUGUUCAGCUAUUGUGCUCAUGAAUUGCUGUUUCUGCAUUUUGGAACAUCAAGUGAAGUAUUGGAUCAUUUUAGUGGUGUUGACUCUGGACUUGUGGGGCGUAGACACUUGUGCUCUAUUCCAGCUACUACUACAUCUGACAUUGCAGCGUCAGCUAUUAUUCUUUCAAGUAAAAUUGCACCAGGGGUCUCAGUUGGUGAAGAUACUCUUGUUUAUGAUUGUUCAAUUUCCAGUGGAAUACAAAUUGGCUCCCUGUCUGUUGUUGUUGGUUUAAACAUUCCCGGGGCUUCUGAUGGGGCUGUGCAAGAUCCGGUAAGAUUUAUGCUUCCAGAUCGGCAUUGCAUUUGGGAGGUACCAUUAUCUGAUUGCAAUGAUCGGGUAAUUGUGUACUGUGGUCUUCAUGAUAAUCCAAAAACCCCGAUGUCUAAGGAUGGGACAUUUUGUGGGAGACCAUGGAAGAAGGUGUUGCGUGAUUUACACAUUCAAGAAGCUGAUAUCUGGAGUUCGACGACGGGAGAGGAUGAAAAAUGCUUAUGGAAUGCAAGAAUAUUUCCAGUCCUCCCUUACUUUGAAAUGCUUCAGUUAGCAUCAUGGUUAAUGGGAUUGCGGGACCGGAAAAAUCAAUCCAUGCUUAUUUUAUGGAGAAACUCUCCCCGCCUGAGUUUGGAAGUGCUACAUCGAUCCAUUGACUUCCAUAAAAUGUGCUUGGGAUCCAGUACUCAUCAAGCUGAUCUAGCUGCUGGUAUUGCAAGGGCAUGCAUUAGCUUUGGAUUGUUAGGACGUAACUUGUUUCAACUGUGUGAAGAGAUACUGCAAAUGGAAAAUUCAGGAGCUGAAAUCUGCAAGGACUUCUUCGCAAUGUGUCCCAGUCUCCAGGUGCAUAACUCUAUGUCGAUAGUUCCUAAAAGUCGUGCAUACCAGGUGAAAGUGGAUCUUCUCCAUGCUUGUGGAAGCGAAUUGCUUGCAAAUGAGCUGGAGAGCAAAGUUUGGGUUGCAGUUGCUGCCGAAACUGCUUCAGCUGUAAGAUAUGGUUUUAAAGAGCAUCUUCUGGAUGCAUCUCAAGGCAUAUCCACUUCAAUACGCAACGGCAACACACUUGACAUUGGUGCAAAGAAGCAAAACUUGCUUCGUAGUGUGAAGGUUGAAUUACCCGUACGUGUAGAUUUUGUCGGGGGUUGGAGUGAUACUCCGCCAUGGAGUUUAGAGCGUGCUGGUUGUGUCCUUAACAUGGCCAUCUGUCUGGAAGGUUCUCUCCCAAUCGGCACAAUCAUAAAAAUGACAAGGACAGCGGGUGUAUUAAUCAGCGAUGAUGCUUCAAAUGAGCUAUUUGUUCAAGAUCCUGAAUCCAUCGUCCCUCCAUUCGAUAGCAAUGAUUCAUUUAGGCUUGUCAAGUGUGCAUUGCUUGUAACUGGUGUGAUUCAUGACAAGAACCUUCAGUCUAUGGGGUUGGAGAUUAAAACAUGGGCCAAUGUUCCUCGUGGUAGUGGCUUAGGUACAUCAAGCAUCCUUGCAGCUGCUGUGGUGAAGGGACUUCUUCAAAUAAUCGACGGGGAUGAUGGGGAUGAGAAUGUUGCUAGGUUAGUAUUGGUACUAGAACAGCUUAUGGGAACAGGGGGAGGCUGGCAGGACCAGAUUGGAGGUUUAUAUCCUGGUAUAAAAUUUACAACUAGCUUCCCUGGAAUACCUUUGCGGCUUCAGGUCAUUCCUCUCUUGGCGUCUCCUGAGUUGAUGUUGGAGUUGCAUCAGAGAUUGCUUGUGGUAUUUACUGGUCAAGUCCGGCUUGCUCGCAAAGUAUUGCAAAAUGUGGUGACUCGGUACCUAAGACGGGAUAACUUGCUUGUAUCCAGCAUCAAACGUCUCGUUGAACUUGCGAAAAUAGGGAGGGAAGCUCUCAUGAACGGAGACAUAGAUGAGUUAGGUGAUAUCAUGAUGGAGGCAUGGAGGCUGCACCAAGAAUUAGACCCAUUUUGUAGUAAUGAAUCCGUUGAUCGGUUUUUUGAAUUUGCCGAACCUUAUUGUUGCGGCUACAAGCUCGUGGGUGCUGGCGGUGGUGGUUUUGCGUUAUUGCUUGCCAAGGAUGCGGGUUGUGCUGAUGAGUUAAGAGGUCUACUAUCACAGACCUCAGAUUUUGACAUGAAAGUCUAUGAUUGGAAUAUCUUUUCUGAGUUCUAAUAUACUGUACAAACCUUGUUUGAUAAUUUCCACAGGGUAAUCUACAAUAAUAGUAUUCUUUCCUCCUCACUGGCAAUAAUGUAUGCUUUUGUAUACCCCCUCCAAUUAUUGGAAUGUAUAAAUUUUUGUGAUGUGCUCAGGUGUAAAAGAUUGUUAAUUUUGCUAUACAUAGAAGGUUGAUGUAUUCAUUUGAUA